AUGUCGCAACGACCGAACGAAUCUCCAACCCAAUCCUCAAUGUCCCCGGCGAAUAGACGAACAAGGGAUCGAUCCUCUGGACAUAUUUCACCUCUGAUCCGAGCCGAUGGAGGCUCAUCUCACCAAACCACGCCCCAGAUGAACGAUGGCCGAGCGAGCGGAGAGCUGGAGGGUAGUACGUUGGGCAGCAGCUCCCGUGACGGAGACCGAAGGACACAAGCUCAACGCAGGACUCCAAGCUCUGGCGGUUUCUUGCUUGACUCUUUACCCCGGCCGAAAAGCACUAGAGUUGGCUUGCACCGCCCUAGUCCAUCGAAAGCUGCCCAAGAAAAGCGCAGCGUCCCGGAGCCGGAUAUCGUGGUCCCCAAAAAACGCUCGCGGUUCCCAUGGAGCCGACAUAAGCACAAUGAUUCCGAACCGUCUAAGGCAGAUGAACUUACAAGCCCGGUGGAUAGUCGUCAGGUUUCUCAGCCUUCGAACUGGCAGCCCGCCGGAGGCUCCUCGCAGCCCGAGGCGCAGGAUAACAACGAACAGUCGGUUCCUGGGUUUGAUAGGGACUCACUGCAGAUCGUCAAUCUUGCGUUAAAUCUUAACGAAUCUCGCAGGAGAACAGCUUCGGGCAUUCCUGCAGGCCCGGGCCGAAGGCCAAUAUCUGUUUCUCAGCCUGCUGUUGUCCCCCCGGCAGACAGCUAUGCGCAAUCUCCGCGCGCAAGGAAUCUCCAACGUGACUCGCCUUAUCGCAAUUUCACUCAAAUAUCUGGUGGCCGUAUCUCACAGGGAACACUACCGAGCUUAGAACAGUCAUCUGUUGUGAAUUUGUUGCCUCCUUCUGCGGUUGAAGACUACCGAGCCCAUGAAUUUUCCGAGAGUACUUUGGCUAGAGCGGAAAAAGCACGUAUUCACUUCGAUUUAUUUCAUGAAUACAUGCGGCUACUUCCCUUGCUGCCACCUCUUCGAGAUGCAGUCAAGGAUGGCUCACCAGAGUCUUCGAAGUCCCAGCAACCUCACCGCGGCUACAAUCCGCUUCAGAUGAUUCGCAAUCGCAAAGUCAGGUAUCGCGAGAAAUGCACCAUUGAUGCAGAUGCCGAAGGGUGGCACGACGUGGAAAGAGUUCAUCAGUGGAUCGAUAAUGUUGAGCAAAAGUACAGCCGAAAAGAACAUGACCAACUGGACUGCUUGAAAUUGCCACCUUUUAAACAAGGCCAACGCCAUGCAUCUAUUGGAGAGCAUGAAGAUAUGGACAUGAUGACUACCUCUCCUCCGUCGAGCUUGCGGCGGGUCAGCCGCACAAGCAGCAUGAAAGCUCGUCGGCCACGCAUUGAUUGGAAGAUUUCGCCAGCAGAACUCUUGGCGGAUGCUGCAUGGCUUGAAGAUAGCUCUAACAAACCCAAGGUGGUGGACAAGGAUGGCUACAAACUCUACCCUGACCCUACCGCACUGGUCGUCAUGAACACACAUGAUGAUUUUACGACCCCUUACAAGCAACGCCUUUCAGCUGAAGUGGGAGAUCAGGGCGAGGCAAAUUCAUCACCGCGCACUUCCCUCUCCAGUGCCCAUCCCGCAUUGGCGCAUGAAUUCAAGAGCGUGGGCCGUGGAAGGCAAGGGCACAGAUUCAAAAGCCAUUCUCGCAGCGUGCGUAGCCGUAGUGGCUCUAGCACGAGGAAGCCCUCACGGUGGGAUAAGGUCAAAUUGCGUUCUGGCAGCGUCUCAAGCUCAAGCUCAGAGUCUUCUGCCGACGAAAAACCCCGCAUAUCUCGCGAAAAUCUUCGCGAGCAUGUUCAGAGAUUUGUUGAACAUGCGCAAGCCUCGGGAUCUCGUAUAUCUCGCGCCAAAUCUCCUGCUGCCCGCAAUACCGAGCAUGACCGGGGAAGGACACCUCAGCCAACAGACCCAUUGUCACUUAAUACGAAACAGAGUCGCAAACACAGAAAGUCUUCAGUGUCCCCAACCGGCAGCGUGGACGACCGGUAUGAUCCUCGAAUGUCCGUGGAAGGGAUGGAUAGCACUGCACCCAAUUCUCCCGCCUAUGCUGGUUACUUCCCAAGCAUAGCUGUGAAUCUGUCGCCUCCUUCUAGUCGGUCCCCGUCACCCACCAAGAAGGGUCUGCGUCAUAAAAUUGUCUCGCGCCACGAGCGGAGCAAAAGUAAACAGGCAUAUCGAGAACGCGAAGAUGAUAUCCCGAAACCUGAAUCUCCACACCAGCAAAUUGCGACAUCCCCUGACCGCACUGAAGGGGCUUCCAAGCUUGAACCAAGUCCUCUUCCUGACGUUGUGUCUUCCUCUUAUCAAGAUGAUCAAGACAUGUUAGAAGGAAAUCGAACGGAUGGAAAUCGGUACCGCAAGGGCCCUCAUCCUCCCGAAUCGAAAUUACGAGGAAUAUUCAAGGGACCUGGUCGUAUUGCAGAAAUUGUGGGGAAUGAAGUAUCUAAAGUCGGAGACCUCAUCUUGAAAAAAGAUGCAGAUCCCGACUCUCGGAAGUCGUCGACCGCCACUACUUUUGUUUCAGACGACAGUGAUUCAGAUGAAGAGCCCAAAAGUGACAAGAAAUCCGGCUCUAAAGGAGCAUUACGGCGCCUGCCAACAUUCGCAGAGGAGCCUGGGCGUUUGCCUCGUAGAGAAUUCGACAAAAGCUCGUCCCGCAACUUUCUUCUCUCUCUUCCAAAUUUUACAUCGCCCCUGCGGCAAGAUGGGCGAAGCCAAACUCCAGAGGUGGCCGACUUCGGCAGUCCCCGUGAACGCCUUUCCUCUGCUCGAAAGUAUGACUCGAGGUCCGCUUUGCCGCGCAGCAAGACACUUGACUUCAACCCGUCCCUGCAAACAGGGCGUGCAAAGCGUCACGAAAUCAAGGAUGCUUCUGUUCCUUUCAGUUUAACCCGCCCUCCAGUUACUGGGCUUGCCAAAGCCCGUGCAUCGCCAGGGAUAUCGCCAGAGGGAAGACGUUCAGGACUCUCGGGCGCAAGCAUCAAGGCCCGCGAAAUCACUCGCAGAGCCCACACAACUCGUGAGCCGGCCCCCCAUUGGCUCCAGAGUUCCCUGGGGCCCAGCGCAUCCAUUUCACGAGUGACGCGCAUCAAUGAAUUCGACCUCGCAGCUCAAACCCUCCUUCAACGCUUUGAAACCACCCAAUUCUCGUUCCAGCAAUCCAUGCACCAUUUCUCCACCACUACCUCUUCGCCUCUCCGUUCUCAAAUCAAAACCUUGGAAACCAUGGUCAAUGAAUCACUGGCUCCCCGUGUGCGAGCCACGGCAAAUGACGCCGAGGAUAUGUGUGUCCAGCUCAACACCACGAGCACUCUCGCCGUGAAGCAGCUCAGCGACGCUCUCGAUAGAGGUGUUCGUAAGCGACGCCGUCGAUUGCGAUGGAUCCGCCGCACCGGUUUCAUGUUUUUGGAAUGGGCCCUUGUCGCUAUGCUUUGGUGGGUGUGGCUGAUAGUCAUGGCUUUCAAGCUUGUGCGUGGUGUCUUCCGAGGCUUCUUUUCUGGUGUGCGAUGGGUCUUGUGGCUCUAA